UUUGUGGUCCUUCACUAGUGAAUCUCUCUCUAUAUAACUCUCUUAUCACUUUCUCCAAUUCUUCAUCUCUCCCCCCUCUUCCCUCUUCAUUUAACACACUACUAGUUUACCCUCUCUUCUCCCUUCCUCUUAUAUUUCACAAUUCAUUGCUCUCAAAACGAACUAGCUAGUUUAAGAGAGAGAGAGAGAGAUACAUAAAGCCAAGCCAUUGAGAAUGUCUAGCAGAAGAUCAAGGCAGUCGUCUGGGGCUUCAAGGAUCACUGAUGAUCAGAUCAUUGAACUUGUUUCCAAGUUAAGGCAACUCCUCCCUGAGAUUCAACAAAGGCGCUCUGAUAAGGUAUCAGCUUCAAAGGUGUUGCAGGAGACCUGCAACUAUAUAAGGAACUUGCACAGGGAGGUCGAUGACUUAAGCGAGCGAUUGUCGCAGCUUUUGGCAACAAUUGAUGCGGAUAGUCCUGAAGCUGCCAUUAUCAGGGGUUUAAUUAUGUAAUAAUUAAUUAAUUAAUUAAAGUACUUAAAUUUUGUAUUAUUAGUUAACUAGCUUACCUAGCUAGUAAUAUUUCUCCUUAUUUUUUCAUGUGACUUGUUAGUUAAUUGGGUUUUGGUCACUAUAUAGACCAAACUAAGUGUUAGAGUAAUUAAUGUAAUUAAUUAAGUUAAUUUGCUUGUGCUGGCAAAGGCUCUUGUUAUUAUUUAUUUAGAUGUAAUUUUAGUUUUUGAUAAUAAUAAAAAUAUGAACUUGAUGU